GCAUGCAGAGUGUAGUGUAUGCAACCUGGCAGAGGCCGUUGGGCUUGAGCCACCGCACCAACUGUUAGGCAAAGACUCGCCCUCCAACUUCUUUGUCGAACAGGCCCUGCACACCGCAGAUCUCCCAGCUUCACCACACCUGCAAGAAGCAUUCCCAGCGGGCAUCAAA